AUAUAUAUUUAUAGAUAAACACCAUUGAUAUACAUAAGUGAGUCCCCCUGUUGCGUUUGUUGCGUGUCCUUUAAAAAGUCCCUGGAGCCCUAUUGUCAACUUUUGCUUUUGAAAUAACUAAUUUCUAUUUCUAAGUUUAGUUUCGCUUUCAACGUGCAACAAAAUGAAUCAUUACUUAUUCCUGCGUAUCUACUUUCAAGUGAGCCGCUUGAUUGGACUGUGCAAUCUGCACUACGAUUCCGCGAAUCAUCGUUUCAUUCUUAAUCGUGUGCUCACGGUGACUUACUGUGCCAUCCUGAAUGUGGCCUAUCUUUUGAUCCUUCCAUUCGCCCUGUUCCUGCUAACUGGCAACAUCUACGACUGUCCAGAUGCGGGCAUGUUUGCCGUGGUCUACAACGUGGUGGCUCUGACCAAACUCCUGACCAUGCUCUUCCUAAUGAGCAGUGUGUGGAUCCAGAGAUGUCGAUUGCAGAAGUUGGGCAACGACUUGAUGAAACUGCUGCACAAAUUCCGAUUUCAUCUGGGAAAUGAUUGCAGGAAUAGAUGCCUGUGCAAGGCAUUGCUGACCAGCUCGCGAUUCCUGCUCCUUACCCAGCAGCUCGUGACCCGGGACUCCUUGGUUAAUUGUGAGGGUAACUCCAGAUUGAGGAGAGCCAUGCUUCCGUACCAAAUGGCUGCCAUAGUGUAUGCCCUAAUCAUGAUUCUAUUGAUGAGCUAUGUGGAUUUGACGGUCUAUAUGGUCGAAGUAGCUGGCAAUUGGCUGCUGGAAAAUAUGUCCCAGAGGGUCCUGGAAAUGGUCCAGGAUCUAGAAGCCUUGCCCGAACGGAAUGGCAUUCCGCGAGAGAUGGGACUGAUGCAAAUCCUGGCCGCCUGGCGAAAACAUUGGAGGCGCUGUCACCGUUUGGAUGAGCUACUCAAGCAGAUCGUGGACAUCUUCCAGUGGCAGUUGCUCUUCAAUCUGCUUACCACUUAUAUAUUCAACAUUGCUGUUUUGUUCCGAUUGUGGAUUUACCUGGAGUUUGAUAAAACCUUUCACAUAUGGAAGGGCAUACUGUAUGCGGUGAUUUUCCUAACCCAUCACGUCGAAGUCAUAAUGCAAUUUUCCAUUUUUGAGAUUAACCGCAGUAAGUGGUUGGGUCUCCUGGAAAGCAUUGCAAAUCUGUGGGACAUUAAUUUUUCGGGAAGUCAAUUUAACAAUAGUGGAAUAGUUCUGUCUAGAAAGUUAGAAGUUUCCCUGUUUUACUUGAAUCGGAAACUGCAACUGAAUCCAAAACGUGUAAGACGCCUGCACAUCGUUGGAUUUUUCGACCUGAGUAAUUCAUCCGUCCACAACAUGACACGAAGUAUAAUAACCAAUGUGUUGGUUCUCUGCCAGAUUGCCUAUAAAAUAUAUGGCUGAAAAAUGGUUUGUUUAUGUAGAAACGUCUCUAAAGUAAUCUAAAUGAAUUUCAAUCUCAAUUUUACAAAAAUGUUAUGUGGUUCAAAGAUCUGCGUAGAUUUCCCAAGUUUGUUUCAACAUUAUGGAAAACUACAUAUGUAUAUACUUAAGCUUUAUAGAAAACGAAGCACAGAUUUAUUGAAAACAUAAAUACAUUUAUAGAAAAUGUAGCACAAGUAUAAAUAUUUAUUUACAUUUUUGUAGACUUAUUUAUCCGCUAUAAAAGAAAACUCAAAACGAAAAAAGAUUUAAAUUCGAAUUUCAUGUCCUAUAACAAUCCUAUAACGGCGAGUCCUGUAAGCUUUCAGUGAGCUUUUAAAUGUCAUGUAGAGUCCUGAACGCUUGAUAGGUUUUCAUUUACGUAUCAAACCGUGGUAACAAACCAUUCAUGAAUAGUAUAAAUUCAGUUCGACAGCUUAAGUACCAAUAAAACGGUUUACGUCUUAA